AUGCAUCUAUUCCUCUUCUGCCAAAACGGGAUAACAGAGUACAUUAAGAGACUUCAAAUUGAAAGGUUGCGAUGCGUUGAUCAUGGCCGGAAAGAAUGGAGAACUCCAAUUUCUGAAUUUUUCCGUCGAAUACUCGAACAAAGGAGGGAUAAUAUUGAAGGGCAAUUAGCCGCUUUUGUCAAAGUUAGGGAUGACAAAAUUCGAAAGGUUGAUGCCUUGUUGAAGGAACUCGAGUUGAAUCAACGUCAGUUAGGCAAUCCCGGCAGGUCUAACAAAGACAAGAGGGAAGGGAAACGACUAAGAAUCGAUGAUAAUAAGUACGAGAGUGUAAUCCAAAUGGAUAGCGACAGUGACGAUGAUAUGCCGAUGACAAAGAGGCGGUUAGUCGGUAAGUCAUUCAAUAUGCAUGGUGAGCCUUCUAAUGGAAGUGGAGCCGAUGUUGGUGGUGUUGAGGGUGGCGAAUGCGAUAUGGAGAUAAGCAACGAAAAAGAAGAGUUUAUUAAAAUGAACCAAGUGGUGGAACCUCUUGCUGAUGCGGAUCAAGGCGAAGCAGAAGAAGAAGCAGAGAAGGAGGAGAUGGAAGGAGAAGAAGAAGAAGAGGGGAAUGAUUCUCAUGAUGGGAAUGGCGAUGAGGAUGACAAUGAGGAAAAGGAAGGAAAUGAUGACAAUAAUAACAGUGAAGAUGUGGAGGGGACUGAUGAUAACAAUGCCGGUGCGGAGGGGGAUGAUGAUAACAAUGCCGGUGUAGAGGGGGCUGAUGAUAACAAUGCCGGUAAGGAAGGGGUCAGGCAAAUGAAAAUGGCCCUGAAGAGGAAGGUGAAGGUGAUCCUGAAGAAGAUGAUGGAAGGCAUUCGUCUUCAAACUCUAAUAGUGGAGAUAAGUUUGGGGUCGAUGAUGGUGUGUAUGGUGCUUCAGAUUCCUCAAUUAGUUCGGAUGCCUAUCGGUGAUGGCCAAGUAAUUUCAAUGGUGUUUGUUAGAAUGGUUUAUGAUGCAACAACUUUUGUCUGGAGAUAA